CACCAAUCCGAUAGUUUCACUUUCGAUAACACUGUCAGCUGUUUCACUUGCACAACAACUUGCGGUGUUUUUUCAUAUUUUUCUUUAAAAGAUUUUCCCUUUUUACUGAAACAAAAUGCGUCUGACAAACGUUCUGCUAAAGAAGGUGAAGAGCAAGCGCAUCAUGGUCGUGCUGGAGAGCGUGGUCAGCGGGCACCAGUACAAUGCCUUCCGGGACCGUCUGGCGGAUAAGUUGGAGAUCAUUCGCUUCGAUCCCUACAUUCAACAGGAGAGCCUCUACCGCGAACGCAAGAAAAUCCGUAGCGCCUAAUGUCCCAAAACUCUACAAUUUAGUUCAAAAAAUAUUAAAAAUAACGUAAAAUAUUAA